AUGCGUAGGGUUAGAAGCCAAGACCGACUUCAAGGCUUUGAUCCUGAACCUGAGAGAACAUUUCACAGGAGGUUGAGGGAAGCAAGGGACACGAAUAAUAUUCAGGCACUUGUUCAAUUUCCCGUGGACAUGGCAGAGGAGCAACCCAUGGCUGUUCAGGAGGUGGCGAUGCCCAGCGUUGCUAAUGUCACCUCCAGUAUAGUGAAGCCCAGGAUCACUGGGCACUUAGAACUGAAACAGAGCAUGAUCCAGCUGCUUCAUGCAAACGGGCAAUUUAUGGGUCUUCCACACGAGGAUCCAAAGCAGCAUAUUCUGAACUUCUUGGAGAUUAGUGAUACUUACAUCACUAACGGGGUCACUCCAGAUUAUGUGAGGCUCACACUUUUUCCAUUCUCUCUAUUGGGCGAGGCUAAGCGGUGGCUAAAGGCAGAACCAGCUAAUUCAAUUACAACAUGGAAUGAUUUGGCGAGAAAAUUUCUGGCAAGGUUCUUCCCUUCGGGCAAAACUACAAAGAUCAGAAGUGAGAUAGUUGCCUUCAAACAGAAAGCGGGGGAAUCUUUAUACUCAGCUUGGGAAAGGUUCAAGGGGCUACUCAGAGACUGUCAUCAUCAAAAUCAGACGAAUGAAGUGUUAGCUCACACUUUCAUAGAAGGGCUACAUUCUGAAACAAAGAUCGUGGUAGAUGCUGCAGCUGGGGGUCAAGUGUUGGAGAAAAGCUUUGACGAGAUAUAUGCAUUAUUGAAUAAAUUCUCCAAGAGCAAUCCGGAUUGGCAAGCAGAGAUGGGCAGACACACAGUGCAAAAGUCUGCAGGGGUUCUUGAGUUAGAUGUCGUCUCAGCAUUAUCAGCGCAGAUUGCUACACUGACCAAUCAAGUAAACCAGAUGAACUUGAGUAUCAACAAGCCAAACAAAUCAGUAUGGGGACACUUACAAUCCCAACUGGAGGACCACCCAAACUUCUCUUGGGGUGGAAACCAAGUUCCUCAGAAUCAAUAUAAGCCUCAAGUACCUCAACAGCAAUAUAGACCACCUCAGGUUGAACAACAAGUGAGUCCUACAAAUUACCUUGAAGACAUGUUGAAAAAAGUGAUGGAUGAACAGCAAGCCCUCUCUAAGAAAGUGAUGGCUGAACAGCAAGCCCUCGCCACAACAGAAGUGCCUAAGUAUGCAAGGUAUCUCAGAGAUAUUGUGGCAAACAAACAAAGACAUGCAGAGUUCGAAACAGUUGCACUUACUGAAGAGUGUAGUGCCAGAGUUCAGAGUGAACUUCCUCCUACGUUGAAGGAUCCUGGGAGUUUCACAAUUCCUUUGUCUCUUGGAAAACAAGAAGUUGGUAGAGCCUUGUGUAAUUUAGGGGCCAGUAUAAAUUUGAUGUCAUCCUCUUUGAUCAAGCAACUCGGACUGGGGGCGCUUAGACCUACUACAAUCACUUUACAGCUAGCAGCUAGGUCACUAGUCAUGCCCGAAGGAAUUAUUGAGGAUGUGUUAGUUCGAGUGGGAAAGUUUAUUCUUCCUGCUAAUUUUAUUGUUCUUGAUUACGAGGCAGAUAUGGAAGUGCCCAUUAUUUUGGGGCAACUAUUCUUAGCUACUGGUGGAGCAAUUAUUGAUGUGAGAGCAGGGAAGUUAAAAAUGAGAGUUGACGAUGAGGAGGUCACUUUUAAUGUGUACAAGGCACUUAAGCUUCCUAAGCAUUAUGAGAACUUGUGCAUGAUUACUGUGGUAGAAUCGAAGGGGAUAAAGCAGAGUCCUUAUGUAAAUUAUAGUGAUCUAGAUGGGACAACUGAGUUAAAGGAGGUGGUAUUUCCAGCUGAGCGUGUUAAGAUGAUUGAGAAAAGAACCAGAGAUGAAAGAGGAGACCUUCCGAGAGCGUGCAAAAAGGCUAGAUUUCAUGGGAGAAAGAAAAAGAGAAAGCGCCCAGCCUGA